CUCAUCUCUAACUAAUUCGCAAAAAGUCAACUGGGUGAAAGUGUCUGUUUUAUCUAUUUCUUAUUUGGAAUUUGUAGAGAUUUCUGAAUAUCUAGCCAUUUUACACUUAAUAUCCAGUUUAAUAUACUAUUCCAUAUUUAGCAUAAAUGAAAAUAAUAGGUGUAAAAAGUAUAUGAAAUGCAAAGUUCUCCGGGGAAAAGAAAAUCGCAAUUGUAUAAGCGCAGAUAAAUCAUUGGAUGUAUUUGUAAAGAUUUUGAUGACGAGCGUGAAUGAGCAACAGCUGAAUAGAGUGAAUUAAGUUGUCCAUUAAUUUUAGUAGUGUAAUAAGUGGACAUUUCUGGACAAAUUGGUGCUAUUUUGAUUGAUUUGCAAUAACAUUAACCGUGUAUGAUGCGUGCUACUAUAGAAUUUGAGGAGUGCCUCAAGGAUUCACCACGAUUUAGGCAGUUCAUUUCCAAAGAAGAAACUGAUAUUGAACACUUGGAGCAACGUCUUGAGAAAAUAAUCAAGUACUGCGCUGUAGCCGUAGACUCUGGGAAGGAGUACGUCAAGAAUCAGAGCGCCUUCGCCAUGUCCUUAUGGGAUUUGCAGCAGCAUUUUGCCGAUAAUAAGAACGCACACAAUGCUUUAGGCAAACUGAUACACUGUUUUCAGGAAAUGAACAAGUUUCAUACCAUUUUGUUGGAUCAAGCGAGUCGCACGGUUUUGAAGAACCUUAAAGUAUUUGUCAAAGACGAUAUUAAUCAAGUUAAGGACUAUAAAGGACACUUUCUUAAAGUAUCCGAGGGUUACGAUAAUGCACUCAUAAAAAAUGCACAGGCAAGCAAAAAUCGACCACAAGAAGUACAAGAGGCUGCUAACAUAUUGUCAGCUAGUAAAUCAUGCUUUCAACAUACCGCUUUAGACUAUGUUAAUUAUAUAACUUUAGUACAAUCGCGUAAAGUUCCAUCGAUUUUAUCAACGCUUGUCGACUAUUAUCAGGCUUGCGUUACAUAUUAUCAUCAAGGUUUCGAUUUGUGCAACGAUUUUGAUGAAUUUUUCAAAAAUAUAACAGAAGACUUGAAUUGUUUGCGUGGCGACUAUCAGCAAUUAGAAAAAGCGAUGCAAAACCGUCAUUUAAGUGUGAAUAAUUUUAGUGACACCAACACAAACAGUACUUCGAAUAAAAUCGAAGGGUACUUAUUUAAGAAGAAAUCGAAGGGAUUCAAAACAUGGUGCAGACGCUGGUUCUAUUUGAGCAACAAUCAGCUAGUCUAUAGUGAUUUGGAUUCGAAUUGCAGAAAACGCAGUAAUGAGGAUUCAUUCUCCGUUAUGGAGGAGGAUUUACGCAUUUGCACAGUGCGUCCAGUCAACGAUGGCGAUCGACGAUUCUGUUUCGAAGUAAUUUCGCCAACAAAAUCGCAUAUUUUGCAAGCAGACUCUGCUGAUAUGCUAUCGCUAUGGAUUUCGGCACUACAAAAGAGCAUUGGUGCUGCCAUACAGCACGACAGUCAACAUUCCAGGCCACAGUCGUCACUGGCGACGAAUGCAUUCAAUGCCAAGCGGAAAAUCCAUUGGGAGCAAUUUCUUAAAAUUCCCGGCAAUUCGCAAUGUUGUGAUUGUCGCGGCACAGAUCCGCGCUGGGCUUCCAUCAAUCUGGGCAUUACAUUAUGCAUUGAAUGCUCCGGUGUGCAUCGCAGCCUGGGUGUGCACUACAGUAAAGUGCGUUCCCUCACCCUCGACGCUUGGGAAACGGAGAAUGUGAAAGUGAUGAUGGAAUUGGGCAACAAUGUGGUCAAUCGCAUUUAUGAGGCACGCAUUGGUGACAGUUGCGAACUGAAGGCGGCCACGGAGAAUUGCGAUAUCAGUGUGCGCGAAGCGUGGAUUAAGGCGAAAUACGUGGAGAAGCGUUUCGUUUGUGCCAUGCCGAAACCGCAAGAGCUGCUCUCGAGCGAAACUGCUGAGGUGCUAUCCAUUGAUAGCGGCGGUGGCGGAGGCGGCGGAGGUGGUGGUGGUGGUAUUUUCGGCAAUGGUGUUAGUGUGCUAGGUGUUGGUGAUGCUGACGAAUCGCGUAGUCUGAGCAAGACGACAACACUUUCGUUGGGUGCACGCAAAUGGGCGGUGAAAAAAUAUCGCCGUCGUCGUCAUCGCGAUCGACAUCGCUCUAGUUCGAAAUCGGAUGAUGAUGACGAAUCGAUAAAUCUUCCCUCGCUCUCGUUGAGUAUUUCACGUGAAGACUUAAUGCUAAUCGGUGAUGAUUUGGCGUUAGAAUCGGACGAAACGCCAGCCAUAUUGGGUUCGGAUCAGGAAUCUACCGAUGGUGAAAUCGAACCGGAAAUAUUGGAUGAGGUGCCCUUCUCCAAACUUGAUGCGAAUCUCAUGUUGUACAAAGCAGCUGCGGUGCAUAAUUUGCCGGUCAUGUGCAUGGCAUUUGCGCUGGGCGCCAACAAACACUGGAAGAAUCCGAACGAUCACAAUCGCACUUACUUGCAUCAGGCGGUGCUGUCGGGUUCCGUUAUGGCAUGUGAAUACUUACUGUUAAACGGUGUGCCCAUCGAUUCGGUUGAUGACAAUGGCGAAACAGCGUUGCACAUGUCCACUGCAAGGGAUUAUAUAGCGCAGGUGUAUUUGCUGCUCAAACACAAAGCCAAAUAUGACACGGAAUCGAAUGAUGGCAAAAAACCGCUCGAUAUUGCAGUUGAUCAGCGCAAUGCGGACAUUGUAACGCUACUACGCCUAACACGAUUAAACGAUGAAAUCGGCAUGAACGACGAGGGCAAUGGUGAAGAUGAAACCUAUAAGGAUGUUAUGAAAGACUUCUCAAAUUUUGCGUCAAGUCAGCCACGCAUGUUGCGCAAUCGCAACGAUACCAAUACACUCGAAUCACAGCGGUCUUCCCUAACCAACUCGGAGUAGUUCGAAUGAGAGACAAUACAAUAUGUAUUGUAAAGGCAUCGUUGGCAAAGUAUAUGUAGUAAUAAGUAAUACAUUGUAGGCAAUGAUAAGCAUGUUGCAUAAAAAAAAAAAAUAUUAAAAAUUUAAAGAGAAUCUGAAAAUAUUAGCCGCUUUUGGUGUAUACAUAAAUACAUACCAUACGGAAUUUAAACUACUGAACCUACCACAAAUUAUGACUGUCUACAUAUGGACGUGCGUCGUUGAGCACAAUAUAUUGAAGUAUUUUGAAUAUUUGUACCUACCAUAUUACAUAUACAUACAUACAUACAUAUUUAGCACAUAUUUCGCAUGAUUAUAUAGAGCGUGGUGUAGACAUCACAAAACACAACAACAACAACACAAAAGUGGCAAGAUAUCAAUUUACACACACGAUUUUUAUAUACCGUAUACGGCUUCGUCGAAAGUUUACUUGUUUUAGGUGUUAAAAAAAUUAUUAUGUGGUUUUAGAAAAAAGAGUUUGCCAAAAUUGUUGCUAUUACCAUUGUUUUAGAGAUAUUAAACCCAAAAUCUCUACUGUUCAUUGUUAUUUUCAUUAAGUAUAUUUGUUAAUAGUUUCAACAAUUGUAUUGUAUUGUCCAUUUUCUAAAACGCUUGAAUAGUCAUGUUUAAAAAAUUCGUAUUCAAAGAUAUGUAGCUGUACAUCGAAUUUAGAGAAACUGAAAUAUUUAAAAAAAGCAUUCAAGGAACCGCUCUGUUCUGAUUUCCACUAAAUAUGUUAAAUAUUUAAAACUUCGCUAGCUUAGAGUGAAAAGUUACUAAGUCCACUUUUUAUGUAAACUCAUAUUUUAAUACAGGAGGCUAUUGUAAUUUAAAAUGUAUCGUUGCGAACGGGUAAAAGCCCUUUUAUGUUUUCUCGUUUAUAUUCAAGGGAAGGAAGAUUUUUAAAGUCCAAAAAAGCUUUGAAAAUUCGAUAAAGCCAAAAUAGUACGAUUUCUUUUAAUAACGAUCAAAUCCCUAUGAUUCGUAUGAAGUUUUGAUUUGCUUUAAACAGGCAAAAUGUUGUAUUCAAAGCUUUGCUCAAUGCUUUAAGAAAAUGGCUAUAAGAAGUUUUCUUUCCUACCCCGUACAAUUUUCAAAUUGGGACUUAGCAACUUUUCACUCUAAGCUAUCGAUAUGUAUGUCGUUUUUUAAAUCUAUUUUUUUGUUUUAUUUUCUAAUUUUACCAGGGACAGUAACGGCUAUGAUCCUUACGAUAAAAAUAAUUAAACCGUUAAAACUUGAUACAUCGGAUCAUAUUUAAGGCUAUAAAAGCAAAAGUGGCCUACCAAAAUUGUUUGUUUAUGUUCUUCCCCACUUAAAAUAGUCUCAAAUGAGAUAAAUUUUAAAAUGAAAGUCGCUUAAGGCGGAUUCAUCGUUUUAAUUCAGAACUUUUCUUCCAUGUGGUUGUUGUUGUGUUUUUCUCUCUCGGGAAGCAACUGAGAAAAGUUCUGAACGCUUUUGAGUUUUGCACUCACUUCAACUUUAGCUC